ACAAAAAACUUUUUUAGUGCUAUCCUAGUCAUUUUCUCAACAAAAUAGUUGACCAACAAAAAAAGAGAACAGAACAAAAUUGUAAUAUUUGAUCAAAAAAACAAAAUUGUAGUGUUUCACACUGUAUUUAAAUAUUUAAUAAAAAUGUCACCUCCAUUUUUCAACCCAUUUAAUUUUCAUCCUCUCCACUCUCUUUAUAAACACAUCUCUCUCUACGCUUAAAAAAGUCAGCGCUCUCUUUUGUCUCCUUUGCUUUCUCUUCUCUCCACAGAGAUUCUCAGAAGCCUUUGUCUCUCCUGAGAAAUCAAAUCAAUGGCGGACGAUUGGGAUCUACACGCCGUAGUCAGAGGUUGCUCAGCCGUCAGCUCAUCUGCAACCACCGUCUUCUCUGGCGCCGUUUCAUCUCACACGAACCCUAUGUUCACCUACGAAGAACAGAGUAAAGCAGUCUUGUUCAGAGAUAUUCAAGACUUCUACACGCCGUUCACACAAGAAUCAAAUGUAUCCUCGUUUUCUUGUCUGAAUUAUCCAGAAGAACCCAGACAGAGACAAAACCAGAAACGUCCUCUUUCUCUCUCUGCUUCUUCUGGUAGCGUCACUAGCAAACCCACCGGCUCCAAUACCUCUAGAUCUAAAAGAAGAAAGAUACAGCAUAAGAAAGUGUGCCAUGUAGCAGCAGAGGCUUUAAACUCCGAUGUUUGGGCAUGGCGAAAGUACGGACAAAAACCCAUCAAAGGUUCACCCUAUCCAAGAGGAUACUACAGAUGUAGUACAUCAAAAGGAUGUUUAGCCCGUAAACAAGUGGAGCGAAACAGAUCCGACGCGACGAUUUUUAUUGUCACUUACACGGCUGAGCAUAACCACCCAGCUCCUACUCACCGUAAUUCUCUCGCCGGGAGCACUCGUCAGAAAUCAUCUGAUCACCCGACGACCACGAUUGCUACUUAUUCAUCGUCUCCGGUGACGUCAACAGACGAGUUUGUCUUGCCUGCGGAGGAUCUAGCGGUCGGAGAUCUAGACGGAGACGAGGAUUUGUUGUCUUUGUCGGAUACAGUGGUGAGCGAGGAUUUCUUCGAGGGGUUGGAGGAGUUCGCCGGCGGAGAUAGCUUUUCCGGGAAUUCUUCUCCGGCUAGUUUUGAUCUCUCUUGGGUUGUAAACAGUGGCGCCGCAAUUAGCGGCGGAAUAUGAUUCGCGGGGGACUAGACGACGGCUUAGAAUAACUCUUUUAGGAAUAAGAUUAUAGUAUUUUUUUUUUGUUUAAAUUUAAAUUUUGAUUAUAUUAUGUUUAUUUAAUAUAUAAAUAUUAUAAUCUAUUAAAAAAAUAUAAAUAGUAUAAUCUAUGAUUUGUCUGUGAUACGCCUGGAAUAUUUGCCAUUUGUUUAGUGACUUAAACGUAUUUGAAAAUAUUCAUUUUCAACGUUAGUUUGUGGAUGAGAAA